AUGAAUCGCAACAGUAACAAUCCUGAUCCAGGAUUACGUGGUCUAAAACCACCUUCGUUCCUGAGCACUCGGCUAGUCCAUCCGUGUAGAAAACACAUCAGCCCAUCUCGUUGGCAACUUUCCUCGAAGGCAGUUAGAAGAAUCUUGAGAUCCACUCUUUUAGUCCAUCUAUCCUUGAUCCUCCACACGUUCCUCCUACAAGUAUUUCCCUAUAUCCAUAGAUCGUCCAAGAUAUAA